AUGUCUCGAUUCACUAGCUUUUACAGAAUAGUGUAUUGGAAGUAUAGAAGACAUUGUCAGGAACCAAUGUCUUUGUUUGUUAAAGACAAAAGUUGUUAUUCAUUGGAUGUAUCUGAGCUUGCGUUUCAUAUGAGUUUGAUAUGCAAUAUAUCAUGGUAUUUGCCAUGUCUCAAGAAUCAGAUACUGUAUAAGUUUCACCCUGAUGAAAAUAAGUCUCUAGAUAUUUGGAUGCAUGAGAAGUUACCAUCACAGAACUACUGUAUCUUUACUGGUGAUCUUUCUGCAUACAGUAACAAUGCACAGCAUUUUGUGUUUGGAUUUCAAUUACCAUCUCAAAUGAUGCUUAUGAGAAUUUCCCAGUCGUUUUGUCUUGAUGCAACACACAACAUCUCUGCAUGCAACAUUGAAAUAUUAUACUCGCUUGUUACUUGUCAUCCUGAUACUGGAAAAGGGUCUCCUGUUGCAUACAUGAUUACAAACGAUCAUAGUGUUGGCCCCAUUAAUCAAUGGCUUAUACAUCUUUGCGAGAAAAGCUGUUUCACUCCCUUAUAUAUUAUCAUCGAUUAUAAUAUUAUUGAAGUUAAUGCAAUUACAGCAGCAUUGCCACAGACUAUCAUUCAUUUCUGCAAGUUUCAUGUUUUGCGUGCCUGGCAACAUAAUUUAGAUAGCAAUGUAAAGCUUGAUACUUCAUACACAUCAGAACAACUUGGCAAAUACAAGUAUGAGCUUAAGGCCGAUUUCAAAAAUAUACUUAUUGAAUCAGAUAAGGAUGAAUUUUUGAGAAAAAUCCAGGAGUUUAGGCUUCAUAUACAAAGUCAGCAACAAUUCCUGACUUAUUUCAAACAAUUGUUGAGAAGAUGGGGAAGGCCAUAUGUUGCAAAUGACUACCAAAGAUAUUUGGCGAACAAUUAUAUCGAAUCGUGGCACAACCAAUUGAAAACCAUAUACUUUGGCCAUACUUGCAUAAGACGAUUGGACUGUCUUAUCUUUAUUUUGACAAAUGAUGUGGAGUUCUUUUACAAUGAGAAAAUUGGCAAUAGCAUGGAGAACUCUAAUGGCAAGUGGACAGUAAAGUCAUUUACAGUUCAAAGGGAAAACAACCACCUCCAACUACAAAGAUCGCUUGCAUCUGAGCAUGAAGUGGCAGUUGUUAAUGAGGAAGUUGAAAAUGAAAGAAAUACAGUUGUUGUAAGUGGUAGAAACAAUUCUGUUUGGUUGCAAAGUAUCAUGGCCCAGAAUACAACACUUUAUUAUCAAAGAGAAGACUUAGAGCAGUUGAUGGAUGUUCCAGGAAUUGAUGAAGCCAAAUUACAAGUGAUUAGUAAUUUACUUGGGGAAGCAAUGAAUUGUAUAGACACUCUUAGAAAUGCAAACUCUUCCUGCUUUAGAAAUCUUAAUACACAAAGAUAA